UUUCAAGUGGUUAUAGGCUAUAUCUGAAGUGCGCUUUAGUUUAUAGUAUCAUAUUAGUAUAGCUGAGUAAAGUACGAAUGGCUACCAAAGUCACUGAAACCGAACCAAAGCAAGAAAUAAAUUUUGUUCUCCUUGGGAAGACUGGUGUGGGAAAAAGUUCAACAGGAAAUACAAUUUUAGGUAACAAAAAGUUUAAAAGCUCAGCAGACAAAACUUCAUGUACUAAAUUAUCUCAGUUGGAAUGCGAAGAGUUAGAUGAAAUAACCGUCAACGUAGUCGAUACACCAGGCAUUUGCGAUACCGAAACUGCUGAGAAGACAACUUUAGAAAAUAUUUACCAUUCGAUGUCAUUGUGCCCAGAUGGAUUCGACGCGCUUCUGUUUGUCAUAACUUUUGAUGGAAAGUGUACUAUUGAAGAUAUCAAAACAAUAAAAUGCUUACAGGAAAGCUUUGGUAAAGCUUUCUUUGAGUAUUGCAUAGUUGUAGUCACACAUGGAACAAGUUAUGAUUUAAAUGGCGGUGGCGUAUCAUUUGAUGAAUGGGUUAAACUACAGACGACGCCAAAAGAAUUUCAUGAUCUUUUAGAAGCUUGCAGCUAUAGAACAGUUUUGUUUUACAACACGGUUUAUCCCGGAAUGGAGAAUAAAAUAAAUAAAUCUGUGUCUGAUUUGUUUCAAGUUACUCGAAGUUUGAGCGGGAGAUAUCGUUCUGAAGAUUUUGAUCGCGCUGUAUUGUCGAGAGAAAAAUUGAUCAUAGAGGCUAAAUUACCCGUGUUGGAACGAAAAAUACAACAGAAGUUAAGUCUAUUAAACAGUGAGGUUUAUCGUGCUAUAAGUAAUUUAGACAACGAGACUGUGAAUUCUAUCGAAAAUCUAUCAAAUGAAGGGAACCAUCUGCUGGAUGAAAUUAACUGUCAGGAUAAAGGAACACAAGAAUUUAAGGAUUUAAAAAAUAAAAUUGUUUCUAUUAUGAAUAAAAUUAAAAGGUUAAGUUCAACAAAAGAGGAAAUGAACGCUGAACUGCUGCAAAUACAAAAAGAUAUUGAAAUAGUUAAGAAUCCUCCGAGUAGCUUGCCAGUAUGUGUUACUACUUUUGGUGGUCUUUUUGGGAUAUCUGCAUUUGCACUUUUAGCAGAACCUAUUGCCGCUCCAUUGAUAGCAGUGCCAAUCGGGGUUUGGUUUAUCUCAUCAAUUGUAGUGGCGAAGUUUACUUCAGAAAAAGAGGAAAAAUACCGGGCAGCAAAAAAGCGUUUGAAGCAAUAA